AUGGACACUUCAACGGUACUAGAGAAGUACACUCAGGACUUGUCCAACCUCCCGUUGGAGGUCAAGCAUCUUCUCGAAGAGAUGCGUAGCAAGGACAUCCAGUUGUUGGAGGCUCGAAAGAGAUACCAAACCAAAGAUAACCAGAUACACAAGUUUAUACGAGCUAAUGGCACGUUGACCAAACACCCCAAGGAGCAGCAGCUCUACGUCAAGAUCGAGGAAGACAUGAAAAAAGUCCAGAAAUUACAGCAGGAGAAGAUCUUAUUGGCAAACACUGCGUUGUUCUUGAUGUCCAAGCACUUGUUUAACUUCGAAACAGAUAUCGCCAAGUUAGAACGAGAUGAGAUGCUUCCUCCAAUAGAAAGCGUGUGGGACGAUGAAAAUGGCAGAGGCGAUUUGAACAGCGCAUUAAACGGGCUUUCAGACACCUUGCUGGGGACCACCACUCCCAGAAACGGUUCCAGCAGUGACAUCAAGCGCUUGACAAAGAGAAAACAGGGCCUUGGUAUGAGGAACUCCACUACUGGGUUGUCAAGACCCACUAAGAGAAUGAGAUCAGAAGAGGCCGACGAUAGGUCACUUCUGCGCACCCCUGGUCCCGAAAACGUGGGAUCGUUAUCUUUUGGCACAAGCGACCUCGGAGCACCUCUUGGAAUGGUGCAUAUUGAUGGGCCUUCUGGAAACGGUGAAGAUGCUGACAAUAAUUUGUACUGUUUCUGUCAAAGAGUGUCGUUUGGCGAAAUGAUUGGAUGUGACAAUGACGACUGUAAGUUCGAGUGGUUUCACUGGAGCUGUGUGGGGAUCACCUCUCCUCCAAAGGACGAUGAGAUAUGGUAUUGUCCAGAUUGUGCUCCAAAAAUGGAGAAAGGUAAAAAGAAAAAGAAGGUAUAA